CACUAGCGCAGCGCCAGUGGUUACCCAAAGGACUCUCACCAUCAACUCCAUUGUCUAUAUCCACCAUGUCCAGGUAGCGACCGUUUCUCUGCCCUCAUACCCAUGAAGCCUCCAAAGCUGCGAUCAUGUUCAUCCUUACCACGAUUCAAGACUUGAUACAAAUCAAGCCACAGGACUUCGAGAAGCCUAGCGCACAAGCUAUCAAAGAUGUAGUCAACGACAAGUACAGCAACAGGAUCGUUCCUGGCAUUGGCCUUUGCCUCUGCAUGUGGGAUCUCAUUUCAGCUACCGAAGGUUUGAUCGGCCACGGGACUGGACUUGUCAAUGUCAACAUCGAAUUUCGUAUGACUGUCUUCCGCCCUUUCCGUGGCGAAAUCAUCUACGGAAGGAUCAAGUCAUCCAACGAAGAAGGCAUCAUCCUUGACCUGGAGUUCACCUCAGAAGUCUUCGUUCCCUACCAGAACCUGCCAGAAAACUCGUCCUUUUCUAAAGCCGAGAUGGUGUGGAUCUGGAACUCUGAAGGCACAGAACUUUUCUUCGAUAAGGGUGAGCCAGUUCUGUUCAGGGUAGAGCAUGAGGAGUGGUAUGAUCAACGGCCGACCAUUAUAGAAAAGGAUGAGAAGGGCGAGAUCAUUGAAGAGAGACCGACGGCCUGGAAGAUAAUAGGCUCCAUGGCUCAGCCUGGUCUUGGUCCAACUCUUUGGUGGGCCGAAGGCGGAGAGGAGGAAGAGGGCGAAGAGGGCGAUGUCGAAAUGGAGGGCGCCGAGGAAUGAGCGCUUCUUGGUGGCCACUAUACGCUAUUAUUCCCAUUUCGCCUUCGAGAAUUGGGCGGGAUCUCACGGCGGUAAUUGGGUAGUUGAUAUAUCAACGCGAAGCGGAAGUCACUCACAGCUCUCCAGCCACCACGAAUCUUUACCCUGAUUAUCAGUUCUAUUUGCUACAAGAAUAUUCCGUGGUCAAUAAACU